UAGUUAAAAAAAAAAAACUUACGUAAAUAAAAAAGUUAUGUCUGGCACCGCAGCCCGAAGCACCUACAAGCUCUUUGUGGGAAAUUUGCCCUGGACCAUAAGCAGCAAGGAGCUGCGUUCGUACUUCUCCCGCUUCGGCCAUGUGGCUAACGCAGAGGUGGUAUUUGACAAGCAACUGGGUCUGUCCAAGUACUAUGGCUUCGUGAUAUUCAGCCAAAGAGACGCCUACAACAGCGCCAGCAACCAGAAUACACAUCUUCUCGAUGGACGUGUACUCAACGUCCAACGCGCCAACGAGAACGCAUAGCUUUAAGUGAAGUAACGCAUUG